GACCAGAACUUGUACCAGGCUAACAGGUGAUGGUGUCGGGAUGGCGGACGGCAGGCAGCGAGCCAUGUCGGCGUCGGGGGAGAGUCUGUACGCGCUCCUGGGCUUGGAACAAGGUUGCAGUCACGAUGAAGUCAAGAAGACGUACAGGAAGCUGGCAUUGCGUUACCACCCAGACAAGAAUCCGGACAACCCCGAGGCAGCGGAGAAGUUCAAGGAGGUGAACGCGGCCCACGCCGUCCUGUCCGACCCCGGCAAGAGGAACAUCUACGACGCUUACGGCUCGCUUGGGCUCUAUGUGGCGCAGCAGUUCGGCGACGAUAACGUUAACGCCUACUUCGCUCUCACCACCUGGUGGGCCAAGGGUUUAUUUGUUCUGUGCGGGCUGCUGACGGGAUUUUACUGCUGCUGCUGCUUGUGUUGCUGCUGCGACUGCUGCUGCGGACGCCUCAAGGCCCCGUCCCCUGCCGACCAGGACGCGGAGACUCCUUACGACGACCUGCAAGAUGACGAUGUGGACGAGGAGGAGGACUUGCAGCAUCGGACCCAUGAUGCGAGCGUGCCAGUCGUUCAGCAGCCGUCCAAUGCCAGCGAGAAAACUCAACUCAUCUCGGAUGGACGGCGCAGAUACGGAGACACAUACGCAUGAUGAUGCGGUCCAUAUGUUCCUGUUGUCAUGGCGGCCGGGAACAUUUUUUGCUGUUUUUACUGUGGUUGUGGUGUCGUAGUAAUUUGGACAUUUUGAUAGUUCCUAGACCAAAAAUUGUGUAGUGAUUGGGGAGUCAGGAAUGUGUGAAUUUGUUCAUUGGUAAUUCCUAUGUUGAGUAGACAUUUUGAGGAACUAUCUAUCUCUAUAAUGUCAAAAUAUGAUCCGGAGCACAGCUUUUGUGUUCUUUAUCUUCUUCUGGUGGUCAAAGGACCUCAAUAUCAAUGUCAUCAAUAAAUAAAGAUGUUGAAGGAACAGAUUGAGUGAAU